CACCAAUAAUAUAGUAGACUACCUUACAAAACACAGUGAGCAAGCCCACACAGAGUCAAUGGCCAGAAAGUAACAGGAAAGAGAAACACUUUCUCAGAAACGCAACCGAAACAAGAAUAAAACAGGCGAGGCAGGCAAGGUGGAGCUACAUUUAAACCAAGUAGGAGACAAGAGAUUUUUCUCCCUCCAUAACUGGAUGGUUUUGAUACUCAUUCUAGAGCAUUUUGAGACGUUUUGUUGGACAUUUUUCUUUUUUACAUACUUGUUUACAAACUUGUUGAAUAUGCCACAGAUUCCAUCUUCAUUUGGCAGGACCAGACGGGCUCAAAGAUACAGACCCUACAAGCAGGAUCGGAACGGGGGAAAAAGAGGUAAUCAAAGGAACCCCUCACUGGAUAUGAUUAUUUCAGAUUUACAUCCGCAUACCAUAGUCGAAGAGCCUGGCUUCUUACAUUUCUAUACGGCUAUGAGUAAAAGGUUUCCGUAUCCACCAAAACCUGCUGUUAUACUCUUAAAACUUCAACAGUUGUUUAUUAAAACAACACAAAAUGUGCAAAAGUGUCUAGAAAGAGUAGAUAACGUCGCAUUGUCUUCUGAAGUGUGGAGCACCACAGCAAAUAAAACCUACAUGACAACUACCUGUCACCUGAUCGAUAACACAUGGACUCGGAGGUCAUAUGUUUUGGAAACCACACCUCUACCCGAAGAAUACAAACCCAGUUAUUUUGUUGGACAGCUUCUGAAAAUAGCAGAUAAAUGGGGAAUUGGAAGCAAAAUUAAAGUGCUAGUGACAAAUGAAGACGGGAUGAAGAGAGACAUCAAAAAGGCAGGAUGGGAUCUCAUUCCCUGUUUCGCCAACACACUGGAUUUGGUCUUCAAGGAGAUGCUUGAGGCAUCUUCUGACUGGAAAGAGCUAGUGCAGAGAUGUUGUAAAAUAGCAGAGUAUUUUUCUAAUGUUGAAGCACAAGGUCACCUCAAGAGGGCACAAAAAACGUUGCGGUUACCAGAACAUAACCUGACUGAGUCUAAGGGUGAUAAAUGGCUUUCUACACUAAAUAUGCUAGAAAGAAUCUUAGAGCAGCAAGAGGCCAUACGCCAUGUGCUACUUGAAUUUAACGUCGACUUAUUGUUAAGUGAGCAUGAAAACAAAAACAUAAGAAAGACAGCAUCGUCCCUCCAGGCAUUCAAAGAUGUUAUAUCAACGGCAAAACGAUUCCACUCACUGUCAAACAUCAUACCACAGGUGGAAGCCUUAAGGAAGAAGCUAAAGGAGUUGCAACACAGCGGAAAUGAGUUUGCAAAUGAAUUAGCAAAACAUUUGAAUCAUCAUUUCAGUAAAGCUAAAGAAAACGAUUGGCUCACUUUGAGCACUGCUCUUGACCUGAGAUACAGAGACGUCGUUCUCUCUGAGAAGGGGACUUCAACCCGCAUUAAGAAAACGAUUAUUGCUGAAAUGAAACACCUGGAUGAAGACAAUAAAGGGAGAAACUUUAGACAGCCAGACAAUCUUGAUAAGGCUCUGAGUAGAUACGUGGACAAGAAUAUGUUGCAGAGCAACUGGGAUCCUCUUGCAUUCUGGAAAUUCCCAAAAGAUGAAGACUGGCACCUGAGUGAAGUUGCACGCAAAUAUUUGGCUGUCGUGUCUACCGCGGUCCCGGCUGACAUUGCCUUCGACACGGAGAAAGCCAGACUCGUGGCCAGUCGAAGAAGCAGCUUGGAUCCAGAACAUCUGAAUAUGAUGCUGUUUCUAAAUGGCAACUGUUUCCUGGAUUCUUAACUCAUCAUUUAAGAGAGAAAAUUCACCAAAAAAAAAUCACGUUACCUAUUGUCUAUCAUGUCUAUUGUCUAUUGUCUAUCAUGCUACCAACACAUAUAUAUAUUUAGGAAAUAUUUACUUUAUAUGAACUAUUAUUGUCUUAUGUUACCAGCACAUCAAUUAAUAUAUAUUGUAAUGGGUAUAGUGGCUAAUUAAUGGAUUUUUGCAUUUAGAAAAUAUUUACUUUAAAUGAGCUAUUAUUGUCUAUUAUGCUACCAGCACAUCAAUUAAUAUAUAUUGUAAUGGGUAUAGUGGCUAAUUAAUGGAUUUUUGCAUUUAGAAAAUAUUUACUUUAAAUGAGCUAUUAUUGUCUAUUAUGCUACCAGCACAUCAAUUAAUAUAUACUGUAAGGGGUAUAGUGGCUAAUUAAGGGAUUGUUGUAUUUGGAAAGUAUUUACUUUGUCGUUUCAAUAGCCAAUAAUCAGAAAAAAUACUUACAAUGCAUAUAUUAUUCAUGAAAAAAAAAGACUUGUCUGCACAUUUUCUGUAGCUUAAGUGGCAAACAAUUUCUUGACAAACAUGUAAAUAAACUUUGCAUUGAAAAGAAAAGCCUGCUU